GUCGGGAGCAGAGAGCCGGGUCUCAGUUCUUUGAGACCAUCCCUCAAGCAGUGGCGGUCGGACCGCAACGCGGGUUCCAGACCAGCUGCACUGGCCACCGGGACAGACCGCUCCCACCCCGGGAAACAAACAAGCAGCCAUACAGACGCGGAGAGGAGGCUCGGGAGAGGACUGGACCGGGAGUCCUUUGGGCUGUAGGACUGUGACCUUGAGCAAGCUGCUUCCCCUCCCUGUACCUCGGCCUUCUGCUCCUUGGGGGCUGUGGGGUGAGGGCUGUUGCAGGGACUGAGCUGCAGAGACCAAGCCCACUUCUGCCAAAAACGUGAAGAAGACAUAAGUGGCCACGACAAGAAAAAUGGAGUAGGGUGAGGACCACUUUGAAGACCAAAACCAUCUGGGAGCCAAAUCAGAGCCUGUGAUCUCUCAUCUCCACACGGCCAGGCCAGAGACCAUUUGCAGGACCUACCUCAGUGGCUGAGAUCACAAAGAAGAGAGACACCUGUUGCCCUUGGGAGCCUUUUCCUAAGACAUGGGGCCUUGGGGCCGAAUGCUGUGGACUCUUCUAUCUGGCCCUGGGGGGAGGAGGGGAGGCACCCAGGGCAGGGUCUUCGGCUCAUGGCCACCCCAUCCACCUCUGCCCAGGCUGUUAAAUCCCACGGAGUUGGUCAGCCACUGGACAGGGGUCUUUGAGAAGAGAGGCAUCCCAGAGGCCCGAGAAUCCAGUGAAUACAUCGUGGCUCAUGUCCUUGGAGCCAAAACAUUUCAGAGCUUGCAGCCAGCGCUUUGGACCCAACCCUUGACUCCUCAACAGCUGCACUGUGUCCAGGAGCUGUGUAGCCGCCGAUUGCAGAGGAUGCCUGUGCAGUACAUCCUUGGGGAAUGGGACUUCCGGGGGCUCAGUCUGAAGAUGGCACCCCCAGUGUUCAUUCCUCGACCUGAGACAGAGGAACUGGUGGAAUGGGUACUAGAGGAGAUGGCCCAGAGGCCCCCUCUGAUGGAAGCUCAAGAUGGCCCCUGGAUUCUGGAGGUGGGCUGUGGGUCGGGAGCCAUCUCCCUCGGCCUGCUGACUCAGCUCCCCAAGGACCUGCACCGCCCAGCACUGCCUGUCAUGUUUUUCUUCGGGCAGAGCCGAGUCAUUGCUGUGGAUAGGGAGGAGGCUGCCACCCGCCUGACCUGUGAAAAUGCUCAGAGGCUUCAGGUGCAGGACAGGAUUUGGAUUGUCCCCCUCGAUGUGACCUCAGAAGGGAGCUGGACACAUCUUCUGCCGUGGGGCCCUGUGGACCUGGUUGUCAGCAACCCUCCGUAUAUCUUCCACCAGGACAUGGAGCAGCUGGCCCCAGAGAUCCGCAGAAGAGAGGGAAGGUGCUUGUCUACAGUCUGGAGGGGCCGUGACAGGAAAGCUGAGACUGCGACCGUCCUGCGGCUUCACACAAGCCGUGCUGCUCUCACCUGCGCUGGGGGCCAGGGAGCUGAGGAGUCCCUGAGUGGGAGCAGUGGUGUGGGGCAGAGCUCCCUGCUUUCUGGGCCCUCAGAGGUGGUCAGGGCCAGCUCUAGACCUCCUGGACCAAAACCCAUUACAUACGCUACGCUGCCUCCCAGCAGCCAGGGUCUCACCGCUACCAUUUACCUGUUCAGCUAUGAAGAUCCAGUGGCCCUGGACGGUGGCGAGGAGGGCAUGGACGUCAUUACCAGCAUCUUGACCCUGGCGCCUCAGCUCCUGAAGGACUCUGGAAGCGUCUUCUUGGAAGUGGACCCAAGGCACCCGGAGCUCGUCAGCAGCUGGCUUCAAAGUCGGCCUGAUUUACACCUCAGCCUUGCGGCUGUGCGCAGAGACUUCUGUGGGAAGCCCCGCUUCCUGCACGUGCAAAGGUCUGGGCCGCGGUGCAGCUGCCCCGCAGACCCUCGGCCAGAGCCGCAGCCUGCCUGAGUGCCGGGCGGACCCUUCCAGGAGUGGUGCAUGGUGCUUUCCAAAGCCCAGGCGCUUGCAGCACGCCCGUGGCUGGCGCUGUGCUUCCUUAUGAUGCACACUUCUGAGACUCGGAAGCCGGGGUGGAGGUGUCCGUCCUGGGGCAGUGAAACGCAGGGCGUCCACAGUUCGGCUCACAAGCAGGCAGACCCAGGUUCCCAGUCCGGAUCCAGGAUGUCACUGUGACCAAGCGCAGGUCACUCCAUGCGCUUUGCGUCGGUGUUGCUGUUCAGGUCCUGGGAAAGGUGGACAGUAAAGUAUCAAGAGCCUGGCGAGUGGCAGCCCAGUG